UCACAUGUACUGUCCCGUAGGAGGAGGAGGCGCAGGAAGACGCCAGGGAGAUCCAGCAGGGGAAGCCCUACCACUGGAAGGACUGGUCCAUCAUCAGAGGGAGGGACUGUCUCUACAUCUGGUCCGACGCCGCGGCGCUUGAACUCUCCAACGGCUCCAACGGCUGGUUCCGCUUCAUCCUGGACGGGAAGCUGGCCACCAUGUACUCCAGCGGGAGUCCAGAGGGGGGGUCGGACAGCUCCGAGUCUCGCAGUGAGUUCCUGGAGAAGCUGCAGCGAGCAAGGAGUCAGGUGAAGCCAGUGACCGUCAGCCAGCCCAUCCUGUCCAGCGUGGGUCCCACCAAGCUGACCGUGGGGAACUGGUCCCUGACCUGCCUGAAGGACGGAGAGAUCGCCAUCCACAACUCGGACGGACAGCAGGCCACCAUCCUGAAGGAAGACCUGCCGGGCUUCGUCUUCGAGUCCAACAGAGGAACCAAGCACUCGUUCACUGCCGAGACUUCGCUGGGCUCAGAGUUUGUGACCGGCUGGACGGGGAAGCGAGGCAGGAAGCUGAAGUCGAAGCUGGAGAAGACGAAGCAGAAGGUGAAGAGCAUGGCGAGGGAGCUGUACGACGAUCACUUCAAGGCCGUAGAGAGCAUGCCCCGAGGAGUGGUGGUCACGCUGAGGAACAUCUCCACACAGCUGGAGUCUGCCUGGGAGCUGCACACCAACAGACAGUGUAUCGAAGGGGAGAACACAUGGAGGGACCUGAUGAAAACGGCUCUGGAGAACCUGAUCGUAGUUUUAAAAGAUGAAAACACCAUUUCUCCGUACGAGAUGUGUAGCAGUGGCCUGGUCCAGGCUCUGUUCACCGUCCUCAACAAUAGUAUUGAACUGGACCUGAAACAUGAUUGUAAGCCUUUAAUGGAGAGGAUCAAUGUCUUUAAGGCGGCUUUCAGCGAGAAUGAAGACGAUGAAAGGUAACACAGGGUUGAUUUCCUCUAGAGCUGCAAA